UAGUGAAAGAAACUUGAUAGUUGGCAAAACUUUGUGUUCGUGAUUUCAAAUAAGAUUCGAAAAAUACAUUCCUACGUACAUCCGAAACAUUAACUGUCAAGAGAAAUUCAGUGGAGAUUAGGUGACGGAUUAAUCAUCAAGAUUUCGUUAGAGUGCAGAUCAAUGGCAUCGGGAUUUGUGCACAGUGUCAUACCAACGCCGGUUGCUGAAAAUGAAACUGUGCAAUCCGGCAUCUCGUCAACAGCCAACAAGGAGAUUAAGAAAAAAAAGUUGAUCGACAGUUCCCACGGUCUGAGGUUUGAAUCCAAAUUGUUAUCGCUUUUUUGUGUCCGCGGACUGGGUGCCGGUUACAAGUUUGAACUGAGUAAAGAAAAGGAGGAAGAAGGCAGGAAACUGGAAGAUUUGAUUUUCCGCUAUGAAGUACCUGACGAGACAUUAGAAGGUAAACACUGGCGGUAUCGAUACCUGCAGGCCAAACACAAAGAGAACGAAGGAGAGAAAAUCACGGCAGAUCACCUGGGCCUACUCGAUUAUAACCGCAAAGGAGAUUUCAGUCUGCAAAAAUAUUUCCAUUCCUUUUACAAGAUAAGGGCAAGGGGUGACGACAUUCACGAUUGCAUAAUCUGCACUAAUAUCGGAUUCAACUCGGACAGUCUUCAGAAGGGUAGGAUAGAGCUGGUGUCCAUAAAUGAUCAGCCGGAAGAUAUUUUAGAGUUCAGGGCCCCAGAGACAACAGCCCGUUACAAACUCAAAAUUAACAAUGACGAUUGGCACAGAAAAUUGAAGGAGGAAUGGUCCCCCGUCCAACUGUUGGGAGAAGAACUAAAAGAUUGCGCUACGAAUAAUAAAACGACACAAAUUCGUACUGGAAUGCUCAGCAGCUACCACGUUGCUUUGGUCGAUGAACACGUCAUCGAUUGCACCGCAAAGAAAUUCCACCUGGAUUUCGUGGGUGAAGUUAAUCUUUCAGAAGGGGCUAGAGAAUUGCGUCAAACGAUCUGCGAGUUAGAUAUAAACGACAACUGGAAAGACUGGAAGUUUUAAUUGAGCAACAAAUUUGGGGAAAGCCAGUCCGCUGUAAAGAAUCCACUACCACGAAAAAUCACAGAGGAAGACGUCGACGAUUUCUUCAAUAAAUUGGUCAUUGUCGUCGACAUGCCGCACGAAAAAAAAUUCGAGGAAAUUAUAGAAACAAGAGACAUGAGCAAAUAUUAUCAACAGGACAAAUGCAAAGAUCAAACGGUUCGGAUACUUCAUGAAGUGUCAAAAGAAUUUUCAAAUCAAGAACAAAACUUUUGGCUGAAAGCGGAAAAAGCCAAAAAUAUUUUGUUGGCUGAUGUCACAAAAAUGUCAUUAGAAUAUCAAAGUCGAUUGGAAAAAGAGAUAAAAUUCAACAUCAGCGCAAUUCAAAUGAUGGUCAAUCAGUUGAAGCAGAGGUUGCUGUCGGAGGCUUCCGGAAGGAAACAAGUCGAGCGGAUUGCCACACCUUCGCCGCAACACACAGCCGUCAAAGUCAUUUCGGCUGUUCAUAUUUUAAUGCGAGAAUUGAAACAAGAGGGAAAUUACUUGGUGGCAUCUUCUAGUCGUCUACAAAAUGAGGAGGAAAGGAAAAGGUGGACAAAUAUUUUGAAAUUGCCAAAAUAUUCUCAUCAUUUUUUUGUCGUCGUCUGCGAUGAUGAAGCACCAGUUUCAAGUUUCAAAAAUUUUAUUGCGGAUGAACAGGAAGAUGAUAACAACUUUAUUAUUAUAAUAAGUCCUGAUAAAUCACCAGUCGGGUUGGAAGAUGAAAUCAGGUACACAGAUUUGAGUCAAGAUUUCCAAGAAGCUAUUUUGUCGAAAACCAUUUGGUUUCAAGGGGAAAAUCUAACUGUAGGAAACU